AUGGCAUUGUCUUCGGGAGCGCCAUGCGCAGGCCGGGCUCGACCAUCCAUCUUCGCCAUCGCUCUCUCGCUCCUGCUCUUCAGCAUCGCCGCCGCCGCCGCCCGGCGUGGGGACAAGUACCUCAUCGGCGUUGGCAAGGCCGACAUCACCGGUCCGGUAGUCGAGAUCGGCUUCGCCGGCUACGCAAACCUCGAGCAAGUCGGCACCGGGCUUCGCCAACGCCUCCACAGCCGGGCCUUUAUCAUCGCCGAUGUCAAGAACCCCAAAGACCGCUUUGUCUAUCUGGUCCUCGACACCCAGUCGGGAGACACGGCCACGCGGUUCGGCGUCCUGGACGGGCUCAAGGCCCUCGGUGACGAGUACAAGCUCUACGGCCACAAUAAUGUGGCCCUGACAGGCACCCACAGCCAUGCUGGCCCCGGCGCCUGGUUCAACUACCUCCUUCCGCAGAUCACUACCCGCGGCUUCGACAAGCAGAGCUAUCAAGCCCUCGUGGACGGUGCCGUCCUCUCCAUUAAACGUGCUCACGAGAAUAUUCAGGAGGGCUUCCUCGAUGUCGGCACCACCACCAUCAAGGAUGGCGCCAUCAACCGCUCCCUCUACGCCUACCUCGCCAACCCUAAAGCAGAGCGUGACCGAUACAACGCCGACACGGACACGACCAUGACCCUGCUCCGUUUUACGCGUGCCUCGGACCAUAAGAGCAUGGGAGUCUUGACCUGGUUUCCCGUCCACGGCACCUCCCUCCUCGGGAACCACACACACGCCGCCGCCGACAACAAGGGUGUCGCAGCGUGGAUGCUGGAGGAAGCCAUGAAGGGCGACAGUUCAGCCACCCGAGAUUUUGUCGCGGGCUUCAGCCAGGCCAACGUGGGCGAUACCACUCCCAACGUGCUUGGCGCCUACUGCGACGACGGCUCCGGGCAGCAGUGCGGCUUGGAGAAGAGCACCUGUGCGGAUGGAAAGUCACAGAGCUGCCACGGCCGCGGGCCCGAGUUUCGGGCUCUUGACCGAGGUGUCAAGAGCUGCUACGAGAUAGGUCGUCGACAGUUUGCCGGCGCGAAGAAAAUCUAUGACUCGCUCGACGCGUUGAGCACCCCGGUCGUCGGCUCCAGUGUCAAGGCCUUUCACUUUUUUCACGACAUGCGGUUCUGGGAGUUUACUCUGCCCAAUGGCUCGAGAGCAAUGACCUGUCCGGCCGCCCUGGGCUAUUCCUUCGCCGCGGGCACUUCGGACUGGCCCGGUGCCUUUGACUUCACCCAGGGCGACUCGGGCAAGCCGAACGCCAAUCCCCUGUGGAGGCUGGUCUCGGGACUGAUCAGGACACCCAGCCAGGAACAGAAGAUGUGCCAGGGUGCCAAGCCGGUACUCCUCGACGUCGGCGAGAUGGACCAACCAUAUGCAUGGACUCCCAACAUCGUCGAUGUCCAGACGCUACGCGUUGGGCAGCUGCUUAUCAUCGUCAGCCCCAGCGAGGCCACUACGAUGAGCGGCCGGCGCUGGAGGGCCGCUGUCGCCAAGGAAGCCAUUAGGUUCCUGGACCAAGACCCCAUCGUCGUCCUCGGCGGCCCGGCGAACAGCUACUCGCACUACUGCGCAACGCCAGAGGAGUACGAGAUCCAGCGCUACGAAGGUGCCUCGACGCUCUUCGGUCCUCACCAGCUCGAUGCCUACAUCAACCUUACCGUCGCCAACAUGCACUACCUUCAUCCAAAUUCGACCGGCUCCCCUGACCAGGGCAAGCUGCCGCCCGAUAACCGCGGCAGGGCGCUCUCCUUCAUCCCCGGCGUCGUCCUGGACAGUCAUCCCCCACGCUCGGAUUUCGGCCGCUCCAUCCGCCAGCCCGAGUCGUCGUACGCGCUCGGCGCCACUGCCAAGGCCACGUUCCAGGGCGCCAACCCCCGCAACAACCUGCGGCUCGAGCAGACCUUUGCCGCGGUCGAGCAGCAGGGACCCGAUGGCUCGUGGCGCCGCGUUCGCGACGACAGGGACUGGUUCCUCGUCUUUUCUUGGCGACGAACAAACUGGUUGCUGGGGCACAGCGAGGCGGACAUUUCGUGGGAGACGGCCGGCAACGCAAGGGCCGGCACGUACCGCUUCAAGUACUACGGUGAUGCGAAGCCGCUGUUUGGGAAUAUCAAGCCGUUUGAGGGUACGAGUGGAAGCUUCAAGCUUAGUUGA